GAAAGGAAACUGUAAAUGAUCUUUUUCGAGUAGAAUGGAUGUUGUAGAAACAUACAUUAUGAGAAACAUGCAGUGACAUGCACUGGAUACACAAAAGAAAGUAUCGUUAUCUUGUGGGAGACUCGUGCAGUCAUAGGCUACCUUUAGCCAGACUGGUUUCUGUUGACGUCUUUAAAACUCCUCCUCUUCAUUCACGGAGAAGAGCAAAUAGUAUGAAAUGUUUAGCAUGGCCGCUGUUCUCAGGAGUGCCGAUGUUCAACUAAUACUUAGAUCUUAGUGUAAAUACAUUAAGCUGGCAGAUAUAUAGUAAACAGUAGUCUAGUACAAUUUAAAGCAACUCUGACAGCUCCUCCAGUAUUUCCCCAUGAGUCGAGUCUGGAUCUACCUGUUCCCUGCGCUAUGUGCGCUUGUCUUGCCAGGUGUACAUCAGGUGAAGGGAAUUGAGGUGCUUACGUCCUCAGAGUUGGAGGCAGUCAAUGGGACAGAUGUACGGCUCAAAUGUACAUUUAAAUCUACCCAUCCGCUCUCUGAAAACAGUGUCUCUGUAUCCUGGAUCUUCCGAGGACUUGGAAAGACGGGAGAAGAAUCGUUUUUUCAUUACAAAGGACAGGCAUAUCCCCCGGAAGUUGGCACAUUUAAGGAUCAUGCUGUAUGGUCUGGUAAUGUAAUGAAGGGUGAUGCAUCCAUCACGCUGAAGAAUGUGCAGUUCCGCUUCAAUGGUACCUACAUCUGCCAAGUCCAAAAUCCGCCUGACUUCCAGGGCUUUGCAGGCGAGAUCAGUCUCAGAGUCGUUCAAAAAGUUUCAUUCUCUGAAAUUGGAAUACUGGCGAUAGCUGUGGGUGGAUGCAUUGGUGUCAUUCUCCUGAUCCUCAUCAUUUAUAUUGUUGUGCGGGUUUUCCGGAGACGGGGCAAUGACACGGAUAUUGAGAUGGAGAACCACGGAUCCAAGGAUCAGGUGCUGUGAGAGAGGA